GUACAAAACAUUAAAGAGUAUCUCAGCUAACGUAAGAAAUAGGACAGUUAUUGCAGAUAUGAAACGUGUAGGAUAUUGGAUAAAUGAAAAGAGAAACAAAAAACCAAAUUUAGAAGAUCAAAAAGAAAUAUUCAGAAAUGCUGGUAUAGAUCUAGUAAAAUUUGAUAUAGACAAGCCAUUAACAGAACAGGGACCAUUUGAUUUGAUUCUACAUAAAUGCAAUGGGUUGAUGGUUGCUGCCAAAGAUGGAAACAGUACUGCCCAGUUUCAAAUAAAUAAUAUAAAGGAUUACAUUGAGAAGAAUCCAGGUUGUAUAUUAGUAGACAAAUUUGAGCAUAUAAAACCCUUAUUGAAUAGACAUUACCAGUAUCAGUUGGUACACGACCCUUUGUUAAGUUCUGAUUCACCCUUUUUUGUCCCUUCAUUUGUAAAUUUGACUACAGCUGAUGUACAGAGCAACAUACAGAAGUUAAGGGAAGCCAAUGUGACGUAUCCUUUUGUCUGCAAACCUAUUGUUGCUCAAGGGAAUGAUGAUUCACAUGUGAUGUCAAUUAUAUUUGAUGAAGAUGGUUUAGAAGAUAUUCAGCCUCCAUGUGUUGCCCAGUCUUUCAUUAACCAUAAUGCAGUUCUGUAUAAAGUUUACAUUGUUGGUGAUAAGCAGUUCAUAGUGGAAAAACCAUCAGUCAAGAAUUUUUCACCGACAAGCCGAGCUACAAUUAAGUUUGAUGCGUCGAAGCUUAACCGUUCAAAUUCUCUUACUAAGAAUGAGAAGAAGUGGGUUCAAGAUGAUCUCAGUAAAACUCGAUUCACUCCAGAUAAUGACAGAAUAAAAGAAAUAUGUCUUAUAAUACAGCGACAGAUUAAAAUGGAUUUAUUUGGUAUCGAUGUUAUAAUUGAUUGUGACGAUGGAAGACAUGCUGUGAUAGAUAUAAAUGCUUUUCCAGGAUAUGAAAGUGUUGACAACUUUGGAGAAGUAUUAUGCAAUCAUCUCAUAAAUUUAAUGUCCAGUGUUGAAACCGUAUCCGAUGACGCGGUACAAUAUUCUGAUGCUGAAAAGAUAGGACCAGACGAACCAAAAAGAUUAAAACUUUGAAACGAGCAUUGCAUGAUGUAUAAAUGUCUGAAAGUCACAAAAUGAUUUGGUGAUACUUCUUGCAUCGUGACAUCAGAUGCUGAGAACCAGAACGAAACACUCUGGAAAUAGAGAAAUCAGUAAUAUUGUUCUUAUUAGAUAAAAAAAAAUUAUAUUAUAAAUGAGAAUUAAGAAUUAACUUUUUUCAUUAAAAGUAUGUUAUUUUGUAAUGCAUCCCCCUGAUUAGUAGGUAAAACAAUUUAUGUGUCUGAUUCACAUUUCUAUUAACACUUUUAUAGUUUUGAAAAUUAUUGAUAUAUAAAAAUUAAAAAUUCAUUGAUUAUGUGUAUAUAUCAUACUUCACAUUUUACUGUUUUUUCCAUUUUAAAUGAUAUCCUAACAUAGGGCAAAUAUAUAAGAUAAAUGAACCUGUGUCCUUCAAAUUUUUAAAUAUUGCAUUAUAAGCAUUUUAAGUAUAGGUACUAGUAUUUUAGGUUCAAUACUUAAAUUGACAUUUCGAAAAAAUAAUAUAAAUUAUAAUUAUACUUUUUUACCUGAUACCGUGAAAAUAUAUUUAGCACAGAAACUAAGUUGAAUGUAGAAUAACAUUAAGGGUAAUUUUUAGAGAGAAAAAAUGGUAACCUUUAUAACAAAAUAUAUAAGGAAAUUACAAAACAAGUUUUAAUGGCUGUAAUGAUCGAACAGGUCAUUCAAAGUUGUACACUUAUUGAAUAUAUAACAGUUCUGUUAGGACAUUUGUGUAGUUUAUACGUAUAAUAUAUUGAAAUUAUUACUUUUAUAGAAAUAAUUUGUAUUUGAAAAAUUGUAAAAUAUUCUUUAUAGCAUUUUGAUUAAUAGUAGUAUUGGAAUCAUCACAAACAUAUUGCUAAUAACUUCCAAAAGUCUCAACUAUUAUUUUUACAUAAAACUGCAAAAAUGGUCACAUACUGUUUCUGAUAAUACACUUUAAAUUCCACAUAGAUUCCUGUAAUUUUUAACAGUUUGCAUUUCGAUAAGAGUGUUAUUAAAAGAAUUGGAACAGCACAAGGAAAAACAAAAUGCAUGUCUGGCGUACCAAACUAUAAGCCUGAUAUCUUUAAUGAGCUCUUUUUUGUUUUUGUUUUGUUUUAACAAAUAAUUUCAGGAUCUUAAACGAUAAACAUGAAUUUGGAAGGUACAAAAUUUCAACAAAUAAACUUAUAUCGUUAAAGAAUAGUUCUUCUGUUUUCACUUAUCAAGACAAUGUACUUAUACGUAAAGGCACAGAAAAAUACUAUCAUUCAUUUACUUACAUAUAUACAUACUUAUAACCAUUCACAUAUAUGCGUCUAUAUUGAGAGUUCAUUAAAGCUACUUUUUAUAACAUAUUUUUUAAAAUAAUAUAUAUUUUAAAAGCUGAUAGAAAUUUGACAUUAUCUUGAUUAUGUAUUAACCCAAAUGUAUAUUUAAGUAUUAUUCGUAGAAAAAUGCUAAUUGUUACAAGUUACAACUCUUUUUUGAUAUGAUAGCACUAUUGCUUUACAUUUUGUAGUCAGGACCAAUUACUACCUGUUAUUUCGAAUUGAGAGACGUCGCAAGAUACUGGUUUUACUAGUGAAAAACGUGCUUUACCUAUCAUAAAAUAUGUUUCAGUAGUAAUAUAAAAAAUAUACUGCUAACAUGUCGAUAAUUAAAGAAAGCUUACUAGUAUUUUAUUCUCUUUUUGAAUAUUGCAAACAUUAUGCAGUGCGAUGAUAAGGUUAUGAGAAAUAAUAGUCCAAAGUUCGUAAAAUUGUAAUUAGUGUCCUAUCCCGCGUUACAUUUUGAGUGAUGCUGUUCGGCAUAAAACGAGUGUAGUGUCCGCGAAACCGCUUCUUCCCCCGCACCGUUCAUGAACGUUAUAACACCUUCAUAUCGCAAUAUUUGUUGUUUUUCCUUCAAAAGCGGUUUGAGUCGAAAGAAAUGGAAAUCAGAUGACGCAUAAGGUAUGUCCCUUAUCAGUUAAUGUUGAUAAAUUUAACAUUCAUAUCAGAUUUAAGGAUAGAAAUGCUUUGAAUAAUAUAAUAACAAGUAUGAUGUUCUUAUACCAAAAAAAUGUACAUUUACCGUACUUUUUUAUUACUUAAUUAAUUUGCACAAGACUUGAAAAGUACAUAUACUCAAGUACGUAUUGUUACAUUUAUGUUAAUAGUGAGCUACAGAAUAAAAAAAAAGAUAUCAUAAACAGUUGUGUCCAAGCCAAUGUCCCCUGAUCUAAUUUUUAUCGUUUUGAACGUCGAGACGCGUGAAUGCCACUGUAUACAUAACGCACUGGUGUUAAUACAAAUAAAUGACUUUCCAAAUUUCAGGAAAAAUAAAACAAUGACUCCAUGAUGGUCGUCUUCUUGUGGAACCAUUUUCAUGUUUGACGUGUAAUGUUUGUAUGAACGGAAACAGCCGCGGGUAUGCUUUAAUCAAAAGUUGCUAUCAUUCAUAUUCAUACCAUGGAAAGGCAUGUAUACAAUGGUGCUGAUCCGGGAGAUGAACAAUUGGAAGAAGCAGCUCAACCGUUAUAAAACUAUUACUUUAUUUAGAGAAUGAAAUGUUGAAUAAAUGUUCUGCAGAAAAUCUGUUCUGACGUUACUAAAAAAAACGGCGUAAGCGUGCUACUCUAAGUAACACCAGUAUCUUGUGACGUCUCUGAACGUUCAUAUUUAGCUCACCAUUUUAAUCUUGUUCCCAACCUUUCUUAAAGUUUUAUUUUCAAAUUCAGGUCGGAUAAUCCCUGCUGAACAACCCCAAAAUUUUAGGAGUAAAACAUAUAAGUUACAAAUUGUUAUAGUUUUCAUAGCAUUCUUAGAAAAAAUAUUUUGCUAUUUUCCGGUCCAUAGUUGUGUAGUUGGUACACACAAUUUGGAUAAACUGUUAAUUUUGUUCCAGAUGACGCUUUCAACUUAAACACAACCCUUAAGAGAUUUACUUUGACCAUAAGACUAAAAUAUUCAAGAAAAGAUGUCUUUAACUACUGUUGUCUCUAAUUUUACCUUAGUUGAGCAGAAAAUGAGUUGAUAUUUAAUGUAAAUGUUUUAUGCGAGUUUUUUUUUUUUUUUGUGUCAAAAUACAUUUAACCAAAUUACAGCUAUAUGGGGCUCAUCGUUCGGCCAAUUAUUUUGUAUUAUGAUAAUAUUUGAUAAAUAAUGAUAUAAUGAGUAUUAAAAUAUAUUUGAAUUAUCUUCUUGUUUACCUAUUUUCAACCAUGUUUAAUGUUGCAGCUGAUGUUGAAAUGUCAUGGAAAAAACAGUUUUCUGUCAUCCUCGGGAAUAAUGAGCAAAUAAUGGGUGUUGAAUUGUGAAAUGACUUUAUUUAAUUUCUAUUCACAUAGACAUACAUAUGACUUAUUCGUGAACAAAGACUAAUGUUUCAACCCACUUUGAUGAAUAUGGCUAUUCUCUUUAAACCCUAGUUGGUCAUAUAGCUACUAACGUUUCAGUGUAUUUACUCAUCCCUGGAUUUCAAAUGUUUAGGUUUAAGCGUUCCUGGUGAAGGUAAAUACAAGAAAGCGCUUCGGACUGACUAAAUUAAGUGUUUAUUUCAUUUCUAGAAAAUGAUAAGAUUGCACUGAUUAGUUGCUAGUAAUUUUGUAAUAAGUUGUUUCAGGUCUUUUGUUAGUAUACAAAUAAGGAGAUGUGCUAUGAUCUAUGAUUGCCAAUGAGACAGCUAUCCACCAAAGUUCAAAUGAAGUGGAUGUAAGCAAUUAUAGACAACCGUACGGUCUUCAACAAUGAGAAAAAACCCAUAACGUAUUGUCGUCUAUGAAAGGACCCGACUGAAAAAUAUGAAACAAUUCAAUGGAGACAACUAACGCCCAAAUUUAUCACAAAAUAAUUUAAGAACAUUAAAUAUGACAGACAUGGACCAAAGACAACCACUGAACUACAGGCUCCUUCCUGACUUGGGACAGGCGCAUAAAUAAUAUGGCGGGUUUAAAGCGCUCAGCCCUCCCCUAACCUGAAACAUUGGUGUUACAACACAUCAUAAGGUCGGUUUACAUUCGUAAGACUUCAUUACAGAUUAAUCUGGGAAUGGACAUCAUGUAGUAUGAUUGCUAACGAUACAACUAUCCAUCAGAGUUGAAAUGACGUGGAUGUAAUCAAUUAUAGGUCACAGUAUGGCCUGCAACAAUGAGACAAAAAAAAUACCAUAGACAGCUAUAAAAAGCCCCGGCUUGAAAAAUGUGAAAUAAUUUAAACGUGAAAACUAACGGCCUAAUUUAUAACAAUUCAAUUUACAAAAAAACAAUAUGACAGACAUGAACCAACGAGAACCACUGAAUCACAGGCUCCGACAUGGGAAGAGAAAUUAAGAGGAAAUUAAGAAUGCGGCGGGGUUAAACAUGUUUGUGAGCGCUCAACCUUCCCCUAACCUUGGACAGUGGUUUAACUGCACAACAUUAGAACAAACUGUAAAAAUCUGCUGCAAAUGGCUCAACUCAAUAAAUCGGUUCGAAGCACAAAAAACUAACAUAAAAACAAGACACAAGCAUCGAUAUAAAAUAACUCGCAGUUACAGAAAGCUAAUUACAAUUAAUAAAUAAAUCAUGUUCUCCCAAUAUUGUGUUUCGCAUAGGUGUAUUCUGUAUUUUAAAAUCCUUUAACUAUCUUAAAAUCUGAUGAAAACAAAGCAUUGUUUUAUGUAUUGAUGUCGUGUUAGGGAUAUAGGUUUAUUAUUGAAAAAGUAUGUAAGGGAAGUUUUUCAUUGAUAGGUCUACAUAAGAAACAGCUUAAAUGUGAAUAUCAAGCAGAGAAAGAUAUCUUUCAGAGGCCAAAAUAAUGACUCAAAUCCUCCAUCUUUCAAAUUGCAGUAAACUUUUUGAUGAUUGGCAUUUGUAAAAUGCAUUAAUAUAAUUCUGAAUUUAUUGUAGUAAUGAAUCCGAGGGACCAAUUGCCAGUAUUCUUCUAUUGUGAGACUACAUUGUAAUUAUGAUUUAGAUGUAUUUUUUCUUCAAAGUCAAUAAGGGUCAAUAACCACUUAGAACAGCAUAGUGACAUUUUCUUAUUUAUCUGUGAUUUAAGGUGGUACCUAACACUACAGGGAGAUAACUCUGUAAAAUCAGCUAAACGUUUUAAUUACGAUGUAUUGUUAAGGAAAUAUUAAGCUUCUCAAUGAUUAAAAUUAGUGUUUGUCAAACUGCUAUAUAUCCAAUGAAAUUUUUCAGAGAAAGUGAUUGGUUCAAGUUUUUUGAAAUAUUUAUAUUUUUUUCAAAGGGUCAAAGUAAAUAUUUUGUCAAAAUUUUAAGAAAAUUAAACGAGCCAAAUUAAUUUUAGUCAAGGUGUUGGGUACCAUCUUAAAGA